UUUCAUCUUGCAAAGAAAAUAAUAUAUUUGUUUUAUUGUAUAUUUACAAUGGCAAACUAUAUUUCAUACUUUGCACGAAUAUGUAUUGUUAACAAUAUCAUGAAGCAUGGUUCUUUAAAGUUCAUUAAUGCGUCAUUGAACUUGAGCAGACAUUAUACCUCUACAUUAUUUGUUUCGGGCAGAAAGGCUAACGAAAUCACUGCAGUUCUUACACCAUAUUUAGACAUUGAGGAUAGGAUAGCUGAUCUUGAAAAAUUACAAAAAAAUUUAAUAGCACGAGGAGUGGACAUUGAUGCCAAGGAAAUUAAGAAAGCAUGGGAAUUUUAUAAAUCAGUGUAUGUAGAUAAGAAAGAAUUAGACUUAAAAGUGGAGGAGUUAUCGAAACAGAUAAAAAGUUUUUACGAAAAGGAUUUAUCUCCUGAAGAUGAGGUACAACUGACUCAAUUAAACUUUGAAUUUAAAUCAAUGAGACAAGAUUUCAAGUCUAUUAGAAAUACUUUAUGGAAUUUAGAGGAAACCAUUAUAGAAAAGAUAUUAAAAUUGCCAAAUGAAGUGGAUGAAAAAACACCCCUUCAGUCUCCCACUGUAAUGAAAUCUUUUGGUACAUUGAGUACAUUACCAGCAACAGAAAAUAGAAAGAAUCACAUUGAAAUUGGAGAAGAUCUUGGUUUAUUGGAAUACAGAAAUCCUAUGCAAUAUUAUCUAUGCAAUGAUGCAGCUCUUUUUGAACUUGGUGUUCUAAGUUAUGCGGGAAACAUACUCAGUGAGAAUGAUAUGAUCAGAGUAGCAGGCGCGGAUUUCAGCCGUAGCUUGAUGAUAGAAGGUUCUGGUUUGAAUCACGAGGAUCCCAUGGACUCUUUCGUAAUAGACAAUCACUCUGAAGCGAAUAAAAAUGUCUCCAAUCAUAUGCAUCUUGUUGGGGGUGCAAGUUUGAUUUCAUUUUUAGCGAUGCACGCGAAGCAAGUGAUAAAUCCGAAAAAUUUCCCUAUAAAAUAUUUCGCAACUGGGAGACAGUAUACACCUUUUCCAAGCACUUCGACACCGAUUGGAUUGUUCACUGUGUCCCAGGCAUCGGUUGCACAUGCGUUUGCGUUAGUGAAAGAUGUAAAUAGUCAAGAAUAUCAUGAACUAUUUGAAGGACUGCUGAAUACCGUCUGCAAACUGUACGAUAAUAUAUGUGAUCAUUAUCAAGUUGUUACGAGACCAGUGACGGAAUUACGACCUUGGGAGACUAUGCGUGUGUCUUUUGAAUUGUGGUCUUCAUUUUCGAAACAGUACAUAGAAGUUGGCCACCUCUCUGUGUGUGGACAGUACUUGAGUAAAAGGCUACUUAUAGCAUAUCAGACACCAGAUGGAAGAGCUUUCCCUUCAGUAAUAUCUGGCACUGUGUUGUCAGUUCCGCGUCUUUUAGGAUGUUUAUUAGAACAGGACUCAACAAAAUUUGUUAUUCCAAAAAAAAUUGCGGAUCGUAUGCCCAGAAAUUUUGCGUCUGAAAUUUAGAACAUAUUUAGUUGUAGAUUUCAAAAUAUUCUUUUGUUUUGUACAUUAUUUAUGUAUAUCUAGAUAUACAUAUUUUGGUCAUCCAAAAGUUAUAUCCUGUACUGUAUAUAAUAUGUGCACAUUUUGCUACAAUAAAUGUUUUAGUAUUACGUAUAUACGU